AUGAGGUCAAGACCUGAAAACCUGAAUUAUCGAUAUUUAGUGUCUGUUGGGCUAACGGAUGAAAACGGAAGAAAUAUAACAAAUCCAUAUCAAGAAAGUGCCAAAAUACAAUUCAGUCAAAUAAGUGUCUUAGAUAACGACAAUAAUGUACAAUUAAUUGACAAUAAUGUAGAAAGUAAUACGUAUUUUGAAAGUUUACUGGACAUAUACAAAAGGUUAAGUAGUCACAUUAAGGAGAAGACGAAACAAUGUGGAACCUUCGACAUAAUGUGCCUGUUAAAACGUACGGAAGAGAAAAAAAAUGACAAUUCAAAUGCGAAACCUCACGGAACCGUGACGAAACCUUCCGGCGGAUUCAUAGACAUUGACAACGCGUUAGAUGCCGGUGAUGAAACUCUCUCGAGAAAGGUUAGAGCGGUUAAAGGUGGUGGAAACGCGAGACCCAUAUCGACGAUGACAAACGACGAUGAGGAUUACAUGGCGACGGAAGAUUCGUCCGGUGAAAUCGAAGGCUCCGGAGAAAUACACGGAGAUCAUCAUCAUCAUUCGAAAGUUAAACACGUGGAAGGAGGUUCCGAUGUUCAACAUUACACUACGAGACCCGUGACGAGCGGACAUACUCCAGGACAACCACGUGAGUACAAACAUGCAUUAAAUCAAAACCUAAAACCUUUCGGUGAAAAAAUUUCUUAA